CAAGUGUUGAGCUCACUCCUUCAGUCCUCACUUGCUCUCAUCCAAAAAACAAAAACCCGGAAGCGCCAUGAGAGCCACCGCUCUCUUCCUCUCUCCGCCGCCGCCGCCGCCGCUCUUCACCCACAAACCUCUCUUCACACCCACCACACCUCUCCUCCUCCACUCUUCCCACCCCCUCCCUUUCCGCUCCCUCAAACCCAAACCCGCCCUCAACCGCCCCUCCUUCCUCGUCCGCGCCGACGACGGCGACGCCGACGGAGGCGGCCCCGACGACUACGACAUGGACGUUGAGGAGCUCGAGGAGGUCGACAACAAGAAGGACUUCGACAUCGAGUACGACCCCCUCGCCGGCGCCUCCGCCGCAGUCGACGACGCCGCCGCCAACGGUGAUGUCGACAUCGCCAUGGUGCCGAGCAAGAGCUUCGUGUUCACGCAGGGCUGGGACUCCGAGAUGGUGGUGGAUUAUCGGAUCAACGAGGACGAGUUUCACAAGAUUAGUUUGCUCGAUUGCGAUUUCUUUAUACGGAAACCGCCGGACCCCGAUAACGACGUCUUCGAUUUCAGAGAGAUGUAUGUUACUCCUCCGGAUACAGAUGUUUAUGCCAUUCCUAGGGUUUUAGCUCCAAUGCCUGACAAGUACAUUCGAUGCGCCCAGAGUGAAUUUAGCUGCUACAAUGUGACGGAACCGCCCAUUGAUGCUCCUAGAGACCCAUUGUACAAGACCGAGAGGGACGUUUUUAAGGUUUAUUUGACAAAGCACUACAGGAACCGGCGCUUGGGAGACCCUGAUUUUGUACUGGAUUUUGAAGAGAUUUAUGUGAUUGAUUCCAAGACAAAGUCUAUUAGCAGAGCAAAAGUCCUGGUCAGUGUUCCGGGGGGAAGAACCAGAGAUAGAAGACAUGAUCUGCUUGUAAUACGUGACAAUGGCAACUCCUUCAGAAUAGUUCAUGCGAGUGAAAAAGAUGAUCCCACCACAGUGAUAGAGAGGGAAGAGUGGAAUAAGACCAGAAAGGACAUGGAGAGACAUCUUAGCAAGCUACGAGAUUUCCCCGUUUCAAAUUGGUUCUAGUUAAUCGGCCGAGUUUAAAGAUUAGAACGUGAAGAUUACAGAAUCUGCAAAUCUAGUGAUGUUGAGAUUGGUUAAGCUCAAUAUCAAAUUGUCCUUGUGGCUGAUAUGUUGGGAAGCACUUGAUGUGCUUACAUUUUUGUAAAGUAUGUAGAAUUAAUCAGCUGGUUCUGAAAUCCAAGUUCCUUGGUGCUGAGUUUUGGUAAGCAAUUUUA